AUGGACGAGAAGAAGCUCGCCCAAGGCCCCUCGGCCCGCCAUUCGGCAUUCACCUCGAUCGUUCUGGCCACUGUGGCCAUCACGGCCUGUUUGGUGACGAUUCCCCUCGUGUUCUCCUAUGUGCAGACCCUUGAGUCGUCUGUCCAGAUCGAGAUCGAGAGCUGCAAGGCUCGUGCUCGCGAUUUGUGGAGGGAGAUGCUCGAGGUUCAGAUCGGCGCCGGCCGUCCCCUCGCCACCCGUGUUGCCCGUUCUGCCGUUCUCGCCACCGAGGGAGAUCGCGGAAAGCGCGACUACUGGCAGGGCCAGUCCAGCUGCUGCACUUGCCAACGUGGAGCCCCUGGAGCCCCUGGAACACCCGGAAGUGAUGGAGCUGAUGGUGUUGAUGGAGAUAUUGGAGAGGCUGGACCCCGUGGGCCCGAUGCGUACUACGAUGAGUCUCUGUACUCUCGUGGCCAGCCCCAAUGCCCCUGUGAAUCUCCCGCUGGACCCCCCGGCCCCCCUGGCCAGCCUGGAGAGCCCGGAGGUGCUGGAGCCCCUGGACAACCCGGAAGCGGUGGAGGAGUUGGAGCCCCCGGAGAGCCUGGACGCGAUGGACAGCCCGGAGCCCCUGGAAACCCUGGACGACCUGGAGCCCCUGGAGCCCCGGGACAGAUCACCGGAACCGUGCAGGGAGCCCCCGGCCAGCCCGGUCAGCCUGGACAGCCUGGACGCCCCGGACCCAAGGGACCCCCUGGAUUCCCUGGAGAGGCUGGAGCUCCCGGACGAAAUGGAGAACCAGGACCCGACGGAACUCCUGGACGCCCUGGAGAGCCCGGAAGGGAUGGAGCACCUGGUCAACCCGGCCGUCCUGGAGACCGUGGAGACUGCUCUCACUGCCCUCCGGCUCGUGUGGCCCCCGGAUAU